AAACUAAUCUCCGCCGUCGAUCUCUACCACCGCGGCGUCCCAAUCUUUUCCCGCGUCAUCGAGACCGACACCUCCACCUCCUGGUUCCGCAACUCCGCCUUCUUAAUCGACGCGCCUUCCGCAACAGGGGCUGUAUCGCCCAAAGAUCUGACUUUGAGCUGGAUAGUGAUAGACCCUGCCAAGGGGCGGGCGGUGAACUUAUCGAGCCGGAGGGCGGUGGCGGUGGAGAAAAGAGAUUGGUGCGUAGGGGAGACGGUGGCGCGGUUCGCAACGGUGAGGGAGGGGUUGGCGGUGGGUGCGGUGGUGAUGUGGCGGAAGGGGAGAGAGGAUGUGAUGGAGGUGACGUUGAUGGUGGAGGAUAUGGACGGUGUGUGUGUGAGCGGGUUGGAGGGAUUGAGAGCGGUGGUGGCGGCGAUGGAGGGGGAGAGGAAGGGGAUGGGAGAGGAUGAGGCUGGGGAGAGGUAUUUGGAGUAUGUGAAGAUGAAGAGAAGCAGAGAGGAGAGGAGGGAUAAGAGGUUGUGCUUCGGGGAUAUCUGCUUCGCCGCCUUCGCCGUCUUCCUCUCUCUGGCUUCUGUUUCCCUCUAUUUUCUCCGCUGAGGGAGAAAUCAUUUGUGUGUAUAUAUUAUGUAAAA